GCCGCUGCUGCCUGCCCGUAUCGAUAAGAGAUGACCAUGAACCUGCUUACCUCCCGUCAGCAUCACAUCCUCCAACCUUCUCUAUCCCCUCUCGCUCGUACGCAGACAUCAAAGCCGCCAUAAUGCAGAUCACAAGCACCCUCGUCACCCUCAUGGCCGCGACAGGCGUCGUCUCCUUCAUGCCCCCCGACGUCGCCGCUUCAGCAGCCUACCCCCUCUGUCCCGAAGGCUACACCACGAGCUGCUGCUCCCUCGUCUUCCCCUACUCCAACUCGUGCCGUCGCGGCAAGUGCCGUGCCGGCUACGGCUGGAGCUGCCUCAACGGGCCCGGCAAGGUCGGGUCCAUCCGCGAAUGCCUCGAGGACUACGAGGACCGCACGGCGUACUGCAAGAAGCCAGGCGAGCAAAACUUCCCCUCGGUGCUCAGCUGGGAGGGUAGUGCCUUCAAGGCUCUGAUUGAGCCGGCCGACUAUCGCCAAUGGGUUCGCCCUGGGAUGGAGAAGCCUUGGACGCCGUCGGACAGCGAGAUCCGGUGGGAGGACCAGGUGGACGUGGAGAGCAAGGACUCCGCCGAGGGCAGCGAGUUGAAGAAGCGUGAAGCUGAGCCCAGCGAUGUUGACCUCGAGUAGACCUAUUGUUACGGCAGUUUCGCCGGGUAGAUCAUGUGUUUGCCAUGUUUAUUGCCUCUGAUCAGCCUGGAGUGUCAAAUUCAAGGCGAUACACAACAGCAGUAGACAAUGUUGCGCUCUUUCAUUUAUGAGAUAUUGUAUCACAAGC